GUAUUAGUCGAAUGCUUUAUUUAAUCAAAUCUAAAAGAGUGAGAGUGAUAAGUUUUCGAAUUUUUUUUCUCUUUUGCAAAACUAAACGUGCGUACUCACACGGAGAAACGUUUAGAGACACACGAAUCUGUUUGUCCUGUGAUAGUUACCAGAAGUCGGCCAAAAACAAAUCGAAAUCUCCGAUAAGCGAUAUGUUGCUAGACCAAUGUAUUGCUAGAAAAUUCCACUUACGAAACAUCCGGUGCAUUUGACAGUCUUUAUUUAAUCAACCGAUAACUCAUCGACUUGGCCUACCAACCAAUUGUAGUUUAAGGGUCAAUAACUGAUUGAUGUUGCACGAUUGCAUGCACAUUAUUCAGUAACUACUACAUAUUGAUAAUAAUCGGCUAGAAUAUUCCUCGAGCCUGCCGAAUACUACGCACGCUGCAUAACAUUAUUGGCUACUUAGAGAAUGCGCCCGAUCCAUUCGCUGCCGAAAGAUGCCGUUCCCGGAAACCCUCAAUGGCCACGACAGCGUCCUGGUUGCCAAACAGCUGACCAAUAACGACGUGCUGCAAACAAAUGCGAAGCAUGCGCGAAACACGUACACCUUCGAAACGUUUCAGGAAUCAGCGCAAUACUUGCUGGAUCGCAUCAAGACUAGGCCGAAGAUAGGGAUUAUAUGCGGUUCGGGAAUGGGAUCAUUUGAGCAAAACGAGUUGUGUCCAGGUUCGAUCGCGGAAUCCCUCGUGGACAAGCAAUGCUUCCCCUACGAAGAAAUCCCACAUUUUCCGGUAUCUACGGUAAAAGGCCAUACCGGCCAGAUGGUCUUCGGUUAUCUUCAAGGCGUACCAGUCAUGUGCAUGCAGGGCAGGUUUCAUUAUUACGAAGGCUAUCCACUCUGGAAGUGUGCCAUGCCGGUGAGGGUGAUGAAGCUGGUAGGGGUGACGCAUCUAAUCGCUACGAACGCGGCCGGCGGUCUAAAUCCCACUUACAAAGUAGGCGAUAUCAUGAUAGUGAAGGAUCAUGUGAAUAUGAUGGGUUUUGCCGGCAACAACCCGCUUCAAGGACCAAAUGACGACAGAUUUGGCCCUCGAUUCCCGCCCAUGAACAAGGCUUACAAUGCCACGUUGAUGGAGAUCGGUAGACAGGUAGCUGAAGAGAUGGGUAUUGGCGAUAUCGUACACAAGGGAGUUUACACGUGUUUGGGUGGACCCAAUUUCGAGACGGUGGCAGAAUUGAAGAUGUUACGAAUGGUCGGCGUCGAUGCAGUUGGAAUGUCCACGGUUCACGAGGUGAUCACCGCACGGCAUUGCGAUCUCACCGUAUUCACGUUCAGUUUAAUCACCAAUCAGUGCGUCACUGAUUACGGAGAUCACUGUGAGGCGAACCACGAGGAGGUGAUGGACGUGGGAAAAGCGAGACAACCAAUUCUUCAAGAAUUCGUGUCCAAAAUCGUGUUGCGUCUCAGGGAUAUGUUGCAAUUAACGACAAAUUAAUUCGUUCGAGAUGAUCAGGACCGUUCGCCUCGUUACAGGGGAUCUCUCAGAUCGUUGGGUUCGUUUCAGCUUUUUUUUUCUUUUUAUUUAAACCAAGUCUCAGAAAGUCCCCUUUACUAAAGCUCGAGAAAUUGAUAGCGUAAAGUAACAUUUCAAUUUCAAUUUUUGCUUCUCCAAAGAUUGUACCUGAAGUACUUUUUCGUUGAGCCUUUCUCAAUACACAAAACUGCAGUAAUAGUAAUCAUAAGUGGAGAGACUUAAUGAGUGAUAUUAACAGUUCUUGAAUUCUCGUUAUCCCCAUCGCAGUUUCUUACCUAUUUAGUUGGCGUCUGGGUUCUACUUAUCUGAAUUUGGGCUCGAUUCAGAUCUCAAUUGAUUCGUUAUCGCGUCUUGAGGGGCCUCGUUGGAGAAGGAAAUGAGGGAGGGGCGCGAGGGAGAUGAGAGAAGGAAAAGGAGCGUAGAAGGAGGACUUAAAGACGGAGGGUUAGUCAGCGUUUCCUCUCGAUUUUCCACCCUCGUUUCGUUACCCUCAUCUCGUUUCCGUACUCUUCUAUCGCUAAUGCAUCGUCAUUCGGCCCCGAUAAAUCUGGAAGACCAUACGGCACAGGAAUAUCGAAUUAAAUUAUGAUUUGUUAAGCGGAAAAAUUGCGCUGGUGCUGGAACGAUUGCCAGGUGCAUUUUUUUUUAUUACGCUUUGCCUCGGAAAUCUUGCAAAUCGUGUAUUUUGAAAUAACAAUCAUUCUCCAAAUCAAGAACAUUAUUAUCUUCCAGUCAUUAUUUUCAGAGAGACGUACAGAAAAAUCGGAAAAAUUUUGAGCUAGACAUUUUUAGGUUGAAAAAUCCAUUGUAGAUUCACAUGUUUGCAUGUAAGAUAUGAAAAGCUAAGCGGAAAGAAGUAAGAUAUGAAAGUAAUUAAAACAUUUAUUUGUAAGUGCCAUUGUAAAUAACAUGAUAUUAAAAAUGUAAUACAUUAUAACGUUAAUAAGUUAAAUUUCAGGGAUUGAAGUUGCGUAUCCCAUCGUAGAGUAAAAGUUGCAAAAAAUGACUUCUCACUUUGGUAACUUUCACCAAAAUAUGACGCGCAUGACAGGGAAUUCAAUGUUCCAAGUUUGUUUUAAAGAGGUGGUGUUGGUGUCUCGCAUAAAUUACAAACAAAAUGUAUUUAAAAAGUCAUAGACAUAACGACAAUAGACUGCGCGUUCGGCUGAAGAGAUGUACACUAUAGAAAGAGACACGUUAAUCUUCAUCUUUCUCUUUCUAUAAUCUAUCUAUUAUUCAUUAGACAAAGAUUAGGCGAAAGCAGCUGUCCUUUUCUAAAGUUCGGUCUACAACAGUUGCAAAUUGCCAGUUGUGACUUGCGGCAGCGAAUGAUCGUCGAGUUUCAUAUGUAAAGCUCACUGGCUAUCGCAACUGACAACUUACGGCUAUUGUGGAUCGUGUUUUUAAUUCGUACAUUUUCUCAACGCACGGGAGAAGUGGGGAAUGCACAGUCUGUUCUUGUUACGUCUAUGUAAAAAAUUAAUGUGUUUCUUUACGUGCUUUGACUAUUUUAAUUAUAUUUUAAUUGCAUGUCGUAAUCUGAACCUGAACUGUUAGCGUUUAAACAUUACAUAUUUUUAAUAAUGUUUCAAUAACUAUGUUGUUAUUUGAAAAAAACUUUUAUAUACAAUUAGAUUCUUUUGUUUUUAACAAGUUUUGUUUUAACAAGUUGCGCACAAAAAUACUAGAUGUAGUACGACAUAUUUAAUAUUAGAUAUAAUACUAGAUAAAUUAUAAUAGAUAUUAUACAUACAUUACUUAUAUGUAUACAUUAUAUUCUCAUUAAUACACAUUAAUAUACUAAUUAGUACUAAUUAAAAUAAUUAUAAGUUACUGAUUCUCUGCUAGAAGAGGAUUAUAAGAACUAAAUUAGGAAUGGUUUUAUCGCGUGUUUUAAUCUAACUGUGUAAUAAAUUAUAUUUUAACUUAAUGUUAAUAAAUUAUUGGUAACGAGUUCGUUUUAAUUCAAUCGCUACUCUUCGUGAUACGCAAGUCGUUUUAAUUUGCAUUUGGUUUCUAUAAAUUAUUUAUAGAUUUAUUCAUAAAGCUAUUAGGCGAAAAAUUUCCCGGCUCUCGUAAACGACGCUGAAUGCCAAAUAAUGCGCAGAAUUGUAGAGGCGAGAAAUUUCCUAUCUUUGUUAAUCGAUUGAGGAAUAAUCGACGAGGCUGUAUGCACGUAAGUACGGCGUGGUUGCAGAAACAGCGAGUACAUUACAUUCUAACCGCAUCGUACCUGAAUCGACAACUAGUACGUAGUAUCGUGCAACGAAUUGUUGCCUAUGGAUCAAUCGAAUGAGAUCCAUAUAAUAUGUCUGGCGUGAUAAUCGCGCGUUUCGUACGUUGCAUGCGUUUUAUAGAAUAGUAUGUAAAUUACGUUUUAACUAACGAUUGCCCCACCUACGUGAUUGUCUCAUCUCGUAUCAAACGUCUUGUUGUCUAAGUAAUUUCAGUGUGUAUUUUUGUAAAACAUUUAAAAACUUAUUAAUCAGGACGUUAAAAUUGAAAGACGACGAGAAGAUUGUAAUUUUGCUGUCUCAUAUUUUCAUCAAAUUUCUAAGAUAUUAUGACAGAUAAUAUAUUUUAUUCCUCUCUA